UCAAAAAUAAGUUUAUAUAAUUACAAGAUGUGUGCAUCUCUCACUCUCACUUGUCAUUCUCUUCCUCAUCGCUUUAAUUAAUCAAACUCAAUAAUAUUCUGAGAGCGAGGUUCAGAGUUCAGAGUUAGAUCUGAGCAACCCCACCAGCCAGCCAUGGGGGAGAAGAAAGUUGUGAUGAUGAGGUUGAAGGUUGACCUUCACUGUGAGAAGUGCUACAGGAAAGUGAAGAGAGUGCUGUGUAAAUUCCCUCAAAUACAAGACCAGGUGUAUGACGAGAAGCAGAACACAGUGACGAUCAAAGUGGUGUGUUGUAGUCCUGAGAAGAUCAAGCAAAAGAUUUGCUGCAAAGGUGGUGAUUCCAUCAAGAGUAUUGAAAUUCUACCUCCACCCAAGCCUCCUGAAAAACCUAAACAACCCGAGAAGCCAAAGGAACCUCCAAAGCCGAAAGAACCUCCAAAGCCUGCACCCCCACCCCCACCCCCACCGGCACCGGCACCCCCACCGGCACCGGCACCGGCACCGGCACCCCCACCCCCACCGGCACCGGCACCGGCACCCCCACCCCCACCGGCACCGGCACCGGCACCAGCGCCCGCACCCCCACCCCCACCAGCACCAGCGCCCGCACCCCCACCAGCACCGUGCUUCCCACCGCACCCGGCACCGUGCUUCCCACCAAACCCGGGUGCAACGUGUUGCAGGGAAUGCUACGAGGGGCGUGGAGGGGGGCCAUGUUACCAACUAGGUAACUAUGGACCGCCAAGAUAUUAUGACGGAUAUUGCGGGAGGCCGGUGUAUGAUAGCUGGGGUGGAGGUCGCGGUGGCGGUGGCUAUUGUUACAAAAUUAAUAGAUGUGAUUACUUUUGCGAAGAGAAUCCUAAUGCAGCUUGCACAAUCAUGUAAAAGCAAUGGUAGUGCAUGCAUCAUUUGUCGUUGUCUUUGAGCUAGCUGGUUUCAUUAUAGUUACGUUGUUUGGUGGGUUUUGGGUUUGGUUUUUAAUACAAAUGUUGUAUAGGACAAUAAAGAUAAAAAUAAGGUUGGAGAUGUUAUUAUACUUCAAUUAUCGACUAAUAAAAAGUUAAUCCAUUAUUAAUUUCA